UAGAAAAUGAUCAUCAUUAAGAAUGUUGGUUCUAGUGAUAAACAACCUCCACGCACAAAGCGGUGGCUCAGUGGCCCUCGUUGGCUCUUUCUCUUGAUCGUCUCAGUCUUCAUUUAUGGCUCUCACGCUCCUCUCAUCGCUCUCACUAAAUCGGAUGGCCGUGUUCCCUUCAGCCCUUCAUCCUGCGUCGUUCUCAUCGAACUCUGCAAGCUGCUGAUCUCCCUCAGUGCUCUGUUUGCUUCAGGGGACAUCCACACCAUAAAGGUUUCUGUAUCCUGGACAGCAGUGGUUCCGUACGCUCUCCCUGCUCUGCUUUACGCAUUCAAUAACAACCUGGUGGUGUUCAUGCAGGCCUACAUGGACCCCAGUUCUUUUCAGGUUCUCAGCAACUUGAAGAUCGCUUCCACUGCUCUUCUCUACACGUCCUGCCUGCGGAAGAGACUGAGGCGAGCUCAGUGGGCGGCCAUGGCGUUACUCAUGGUGGCCGGGGCACUUCACAGCUACUCCAGCUUGGACUGGGAGAUCCCAGAUAAGGGAGUGGAGAACGCCAGAGCCGGGCUUCACAUCACAGCCUGGGGACUGCUGCUCAUCCUCCUUUACUGCUUUGUGUCCGGACUCGCUGCAGUCUACACUGAGAAAGUGUUAAAAAGCCAACGUCUGCCCCUAAGCCUGCAGAAUCUGUUCCUCUAUAUAUUCGGCGUGGGGAUCAACCUGAUGUCGCAUUUCUACAGCACUGGAACAGAGCAGACGUUUCUAGACGGAUAUUCUGCACUGGUGUGGGUCAUCAUAGCAGGACAGGCAGCUAACGGCCUGCUGAUGAGUGUAAUAAUGAAACAUGGAACUGGAAUCACGCGACUUUUCAUCAUCUCCUCAGCCAUGCUGGUGAACAGCGUGCUCUCCUGGUGGCUGCUGGGAUUGCAGCUCACACCUUUCUUUUUCCUGCCUUUGCUGCUGAUCGCAGUGGCUGUGUACUUUUAUUACAGGUAAAUUAAUGUGUUGGGCUGCACACUUAGUUGUAGGUUACUCAGGAUUUCAAUUUCUUAUGUUUUGUUUUUUAAUUUAACAAAUAACUUCUUAUGACAUACACUGAUUUAUUUUAGACAUUGUCUCAUAGAGAGAGAGAGAGAGAGGUGAUAGAGGCUAAAUAAACACUAUAAACUAAAACCAAUAAAUAUGAUUAAAUGAAACAGAAAAUUACACAAACACACACACAGUAGACCCCUAAUUGGACAUUUUUACCAAAGCUUGUAACAUCUGUGUAUCAUCCAUAGGGGCAAAGCGUUUGAUAAUUUUAUAUAUUCAAUAUUAAUUAAUUGGAAGAUCAGCUGUAAUUGUUUGUAAUAACCUUCUACAAAGUGUUCAAAAAAGAUGCAACCUGUGAAAAAUGCAUUGGCACAAAAUUGAUCACGGACUUGACCCUCUCUUACUCGCAACAGCAAAUUACAGAUUAAAAAUUACAGAUCAAAUAAUUACUUUGUGGAUUGUUUUUUGUACAUCUACCAAGGGGUAUAACUAAAACCACAUGAAUUAUCUGAAUUUCCGAUUCAUUUCAGCCUUUAUUGUGCAGCCCGACAUGAUGGGAUUGUGUAUGUUUUGUUUCAUUUUAUUUUUUAGAUGCUUAGAUGUUACUUCUUCUAUUGGUUUCUUCAUAUAUAUUUUAAAUAGAAGUUGUGAAUUUAUUUAGAUACAGGAUUUGACUGGAUUCGGUGUGUGUGCUAAAAAAAUAUUUAUCUCCUUUAAGUUGAAUGUCAGUAUUUUUUUUGUUUUG